AUCAUCGAGUUUGUUCUUAAAUUAUGAAGAUGAGACUCAUUUAAGGAAAAGUGUAAAAGAAAGGUGAUCAUCCAGGAUUUAUUUAACGAAAUAACGUUCGAUGCAUCACGAGUGUUUUGAUUAAAUAUCGAGGAUGCUUUAGAAUGUUGUCUUCUUCAAUAUCGACUCCGUUCAGCGUUCGUGAUAUUCUUAAUGAAGAACAGCAGCUUGGUGCCAUGGACUGUUACGCACAUCAAAAUCAAACACAACAACAACAUGUGCAUCAAGAUUAUUAUUCAUAUAAUAUUGUACCUGAGAACAAUUGGGAAAUGGAUAAAUUUAAAGAGCAAUCGAUGCCCAACUAUCAGCAUUAUUCUGAUCUCAAUCACGUUCACCAAUUGAGUCAGGUGGUACCACCGUAUCAAGAAACUUCUAUUACUGAAGACGGUAAUAUUGUUACAUCCAGCAAAACAGAAUUGCGCAAAAGUCAAUCUGGUAAAAGAACGAAACGAAAACCAAGAGUAUUGUUCUCACAAACACAAGUUUAUGAACUGGAACAACGAUUUAAGCAACAAAGGUAUCUGAGUGCACCCGAGAGAGAGAUGCUGGCCCAAAAUUUGAAAUUAACUAGCACGCAAGUGAAGAUCUGGUUCCAAAAUCGACGAUACAAGAACAAACGCGCCCGAAUCGAAGAUGCCGAAAAACUGCAGGCGCAGAAUAUGAAGAAUCAAUCAUUGAAGAAAAUUACUGUACCGAUUCUUAUCAAGGAUGGCAAACCUAACGUUCAAGAAUCUUACAACGGUCCUUACUGGCCGAAUAUCCGAUCCGAUUUAAGCGUCCCGAUGCAGACAGAUUUCAGGACGAACGAGAUUCGUCUCAGUCCCGACUUUAGAUCCAACUCGAACGAAGUGAGAAUUGACUCCAGUAUUAGCCCAGAGUAUAAAUCAGAGGUCAGCUCAGAAAUGCCAGGAAGAUCAAGUUUGCAUAAUAUAGUGGAUAGGCAGCACGUUCCAGAGUACAGAAACAAUUUUGUGACGGAAACUCCACCGGGUGUUCACGAUUGCGAUCGAUUAAUCAAAACGCAAUUUAAAACAUGCGCGAAUGGAAAUGAAACUGCAUCGUAUUCAGAUCUGAAAAAUAUCCAAUCCGAUAAUAAACAGCUUAUGACUGACAAGCGGAUGCCUAUGGAUGUCUCUAGUGGCGAAUAUGGAUUUCCCAAUUAUCUUGCUCCGCCUAAUUAUCAAAUGCAGUACGUGAAUUAUAUGGAACAAAUACCUAUGGAUCAAAAUUUACAGCGAUUAUGGUAGGUCUUUACGAGAAAGAAUUAUCUGACGUGAAAAUUAUAAAUGAUUGAUCUCUGUACAAUUUCUGCUUUCGAAUUUAUUAUAAUGAUUUCAGUUGACAGGAGCUUAAAUUUACGACACUAAA